GCUCACUUACUCGAGCCGGUCCUGGGACAUCGAAACUGAGGGUGUGCCACGGUGCUGCAAAAUUUCACUUUCGGUUUGAGUUUUUAGUUUGUGUCUCUGUGAAGGUUUGGCCCGCUCUUCUGUGAUUCCACUCUCUUUUUAGAUCGUGAAACUAUGCAUUUCAAAUACCCCGAUGCCCGGAGAGAGGAGAGCAGAAUUGAUGACUAUCAUGGAACUAAACUCUCAGAUCCUUAUAGAUGGCUGGAAGAUCCUGACAGUGAAGAGACAAAAGCAUUUGUGGAAGCUCAAAACCUAAUGACUAUGCCCUUCUUGGAAAAAUGUGCAGUUGGCAAGAAAUUUCACCAAAAGUUAACAGAGGUGUAUGACUAUCCUAAAUUCAGCUGUCCAUACAAGAAAGAAAACAAGUUCUUUUACUUUUAUAACAAGGGAUUGCAGAAUCAGAGUGUCCUGUACAUUCAAGACUCUUUAGAAGGCGAAUCCAGAAUUUUCUUUGACCCAAACUUACUAUCUGAAGAUGGAACUAUUGCUUUAUGCAUGGCACGUGUUUCUGAAGACUGCAAAUACUUUGCCUAUGGACUAAGUGAAAGUGGUUCAGACUGGGUUACAAUCAAAUUUAAGACUGUUGAAGAACAAAAGGAUUUCCCAGAGACACUAGAACGGGUUAAAUUUAGCUGCCUGGCCUGGACCCAUGACAGCAAAGGAAUUUUCUACAACUGUUACCCCAAGAAUGACAGCAAAGCUGAUGGCACAGAAACUGCCACUAACAUUAAUCAGAAGCUUUACUAUCAUGUAAUUGGUACCAGCCAGUCAGAGGACAUUCUUGUUGCAGAAUUUCCCGAUCAUCCCAAAUGGUGUAGUAGUGCAGAGGUAUCUGAUGAUGGAAGGUAUGUUGUCUUGUCUAUUCGAGAGGGUUGUGAGCCAGUCAAUCGUCUUUGGUAUUGUGAUCUGCAGCAGCUGCCAAAUGGCAUUACUGGUAUUCUUCCAUGGGUGAAGUUGAUUGACAAUUUUGAUGCUCAGUACUCUUACAUCACUAACGAGGACAACAUUUUUACUUUCCGUACUAAUCUGUUGUCUCCCCGUUAUCGACUCAUCAAUAUUAAUGUGCACAAACCAGAGCCAUCAAAUUGGAUCACUCUGAUACCAGAACAUGAGAAGGAUGUGCUGGAUUUUGCAGCUUGUGUAAAUAACAAUUUCCUUCUUGUGGACUACAUGCAUGAUGUUAAGGAUGUCCUCCAUUUAUAUGACCUUAAAACUGGAAAGUUUCUGAAGAACUUGCCUUUGGAUGUGGGUACUAUCUCUGGAAUCAGCUGCAAAAAGAAGCACACAGAUUUCUUCUACAAAUUUACAUCAUUUACCACUCCAGGAAUUAUCUUUCACUGUGAUCUGACAUCUGACAUUCUGGAGCCUACAGUGUUUAAAGAGGUACCAAUUAAGGGAAUCAACCCUGCUGACUACCAGACCAUUCAGGUGUUUUAUCCAAGCAAAGAUGGAACAAAAAUCCCAAUGUUCUUAGUACAUGCCAAAGGACUCAAGAUGGAUGGAUCUCACCCAGUAUUUCUGUAUGGCUAUGGAGGCUUUAACCAUUCCAUUCAACCUUCAUACAAUGUUGCUAAUCUGUUGUUUGUGAGACAUCUCAAUGGAAUUCUGGCCAUAGCUAAUAUUCGAGGAGGGGGAGAGUACGGUCAAACGUGGCACAAAGCUGGAUGUCUUGGCAAUAAACAGAACUGUUUUGAUGACUUCCAGUGUGCUGCCGAGUAUUUAAUCAGUCAAGGCUAUACAACACCAAGUAAGCUUGCCAUUAAUGGAGCAUCAAAUGGAGGACUCCUAGUUGCUGCCUGUGUAAACCAAAAACCAGAACUUUACGGCUGUGCUGUAGCAGAAGUUGGAGUAAUGGACAUGCUUAAGUUUCACAAAUUCACCAUUGGCCACGCUUGGACUACGGACUAUGGGUGUUCUGAAAACAAGGAGCAAUUUGAAUGGCUAAUCAAGUACUCUCCAUUACACAACAUCCCCAAGACUCCUCAUGCCCCAUACCCAGCGAUGCUCCUCUUGACUGCAGAUCAUGAUGAUCGUGUUGUCCCUUUGCACUCCCUUAAAUACAUUGCCACUUUGCAACACUAUGUUGGCAGUCAUCCGGAGCAGAAAAAACCUCUGCUGAUCAGAAUUGAUACAAAGAGUGGACAUGGUGCGGGCAAACCUACUGCUAAGGUUAUCGAGGAAGAGUCGCAUAUUUUCUCUUUUAUUGCAGAAACUUUGGGGCUUUCCUGGAGAGAUUGAAAAUUAAUUCAUAUAUAUAUUUGGAAACGAUAAUCUGCUGUUGCCCUGCUGAAUUUUACUUGUUAAGUACCAGACAAACAUCCAGUAAAUGAAAAAAUGCAGAGAAGUAUCAUAAAAAAUAUCUCAACUGGAGAAAGAUAGUGGCAAAGAUUUGGAUCUGGUAAGGGUAUAACAAUACAUAAAAUUAAUUAUUUUUCUGUAUUCUGUGCCAAGACACAGUGUCUUACAGGGAUUUUAUUCAUUACUUAUUCUAUUUCAGAUUAUGAAUGGUUGAAAUGGCUGUUUUAAUUAAUUUCUCAAUAGGUGGUGAUUUUGUAAUAAAACAGAUUGUAAAGUAGUUGAGUUAAAUUAAUUUAUUGAGAUGAUUUUUCUGCUAAUCCUGUUUCAUUUUAGUGUUUCACUGAAGUUGAUAGUAACACUGUAUGUGUCAGAACAGACAGUUCUUUCCAACGACAAAAUUGGAAUGAAAAAUGUCCCAUUUGUAUGAAAAGCCAUAAAUAUUCAUACUGAUAUUAGUGAUUUAACUUAACAGUUUAUACAGUUAAAUAAAAUAAAAUAUAUAUGUGCUAUGGUAAAGAAAUUACUUCUUAUAAACAUCUCUGUACCAACUAGAAUCACAACUGUGACAUUCAACUUUUGACAAAAUAAGUGUUUCUGAGAAUAUUAUGUAGUUUUUAAAUGCCCAGUAACAUUUUUUAUAAUUGCACAUGUGUGAAGUUUAUUUACUUCCUUUAUUGACCUGACCUUUGAAAUCCUGAGUUUUGAAUUUUUGUGCCAGUGAUGUUAUGUGAUCCAUUUCUAGUUUAGUUUUAGCUUUUGGACUGCUGGCAUCAAUUUUUCUUGUAGAAUAUUCCAGUAUGAUGUAAAAUUUAUAGUUAAUUCAUUUUUUGAAAUGUGGUGUGGGGAGGAGAGUGGAAAAUGUAACUUUCUGGCCGUAUGGCAAAAUGCCAUUUGGUCAGAAACAUCUAAUACAAGCCAUCUUGGAAAAUGAUAAGAGAGAUGGUUUGCAGUUGCAUCAAUGACUCUAAUGCUGUCAUGUUAAGAAGAUAAAAACCCUUGGUUUCUGAAGGUGUAUAUAGUCACGUUAUCUUUGUCCGCUUACCUUUAAUUUGACUCUUGAAUUUUAUUUGGUAAAUUAUCUUACUUCUUAUCAGUUAUUGAUAAACAUCAAAUAUGUUAAACCGUAAGUAUAAGUGUUAAAUACCAAUCAACAUAAACCAGUAGGGUGACUGGAACUGACACAUGCAUGUCUCUGUCUAAAAUAAUACUGAUUAUGGAUGAAAACAAAGUUUUUUAACUUGGUGUAUUAAAAUAUAACAGUAUAUACAGUAAAAUAUAAAGUGGUGGCAACAGGAUGACGUCAUUGGUGCCAGGACCCUGUUACAUAUUGCGAUGAGACUCUUAUGGUUUGUCUGAAACAGCAGGUUCCACUUGCAGGAAUUCUAAUGUGGUGACCCUCACCAAGGAACAGGCUAGUCUGCGAUCAAGAAACAUUUCUGAGGGAAUUAGAAGUGGCCAUGAAAGUACUUACAGGCUAGGGCUUAAAAGGUACUUCAUCCAGGAGGCCAUUGAACUUGAAAUUGGAAGGAAAGGUGGACAGUGGUUGAAUUGGUGGCAUUUACAUAGGCCGGGAAGUGUCAGAAACAUUCUGGAGUUGAUCAAAAAGGGUGUGUGUUGAGGUUGAGAUGGGAAAGUUCCCUUCAGUUACUUAGAGACUUUGACCCCAGAAGGCCUGCAGGAUUGUUUUGUCCCUGUACUUUAUUAUUUUGACCGUUACGUUGCUUACUCCUUACGUUUAUUAUUUAUAUAAUAAACCACCUAAUUUUAGUAA